ACUCUUAUUCCUCACUAAUCAGAGCAUCCAUGUGUGAAGGAUCUGAAUCUCUCUUCAAGUAAUACCACUGAAUGGUUUCAUUCUCUGUACCAGCAUCGUGUACAAGCUUUAUUUCUUGAGUGUGAAUUGACUGCUUCAGAAUGAGCAUUAUUUUUUGAAAUUAUAUUUUAUUUCUGGUGGAGAGGUACUCGGCGGGAAAUUAUAUUUUGGAAAUUAUUUUUGGCUGUUACGCUGAGCUGUUGGAAAUGGCGAAGAGGCAUGGCCUCAAGGUUCAAGCGGUUAUGUCCUUCCACCAAUGUGGCGAUCUAGCAUAUACUGAUCAAUGGGGAAGAAGAAACUAUGAAUAUAUAUCACUUGGAUGUGAUACUUUGCCAGUACUCAAGGGCCGAACACCAGUUCAAUGUUAUGCUGAUUUCAUGCGAGCUUUCAGAGACAAUUUGAAACACCUUCUUGGUGACACUAUUGUGGAAAUCCAAGUUGGGAUGGGACCAGCUGGUGAACUGCGUUACCCUUCAUACCCAGAGCAAAAUGGGACAUGGAAAUUCCCAGGAAUUGGUGCUUUCCAAUGCUUUGACAAGUAUAUAUUGAGUAGCUUAAAAGCUGCUGCUGAAGCUCAGGGUAAGCAAGAAUGGGGAAGCACAGGCCCUACUGAUGCUGGCCACUAUAACAACUGGCCAGAAGACACACAAUUUUUCCACAAAGAAGGUGGAGGCUGGGAUGGUCCAUCAUGGCGAAUCUUUGAUAACUCUGGUGUUAAGAUAUCAGUGAAGGUUUCUGGUAUUCACUGGCACUAUGGUACUAGGUCUCAUGCUCCAGAGCUCACAGCAGGAUAUUAUAACACCCGUUUCCGUGAUGGUUACCUCCCUAUUGCUCAAAUGCUGGCUCGCCAUGGUGCUAUUUUCAAUUUCACGUGUAUUGAGAUGCGUGAUCACGAGCAGCCACAAGAUGCUCUUUGUGCACCCGAGAAGCUCGUGAAGCAAGUGACUUUAGCUACGAAGAAGGCACAGGUCCCACUUGCUGGCCAAAAUGCAUUGCCAUGGUAUGAUGACUAUGCACAUGAGCAGAUAAUAAAGGCAUCACAGUUGAAUGUUGAUGAUGGUAACCCUGAUGACACUGAGAUGUGUGCAUUCACAUACCUGAGGAUGAACCAACAAUUGUUUCAACCAGAAAACUGGAUCCACUAAAACCGAACCGAACAGCAGAGAAAACAAGUUCUUUACACGGUAUCAGAGCCUCAGUGACCACAAGGUCACGAGUUCGAUCCUCACCGCCCCCCACUUUCUAUUGGAAUCAAAAUAAACACGAGGUAAACCAAA